AUGCGGUUCCCGUCCCUGCUGUCCGCAGCCCGAGGACACUGCCGGGUGGACAUCUGGGAAGCGUGCCCAAUCAGCAGGAGCACCCAGGGUGCUGCCAAGUCAGCACAGUCGGGGGAGGGGCGCGCGGGGUGGGGCACCUGGGCCCACCUCUCACCUCCACCUUCAACCCCGCCCGCCCCAGCCUGUCUCUGCCCUCCGUCUGGCCCAGACAGGAGGUACCUGCUCCAUCCUGUCCCAAAUCAGCCCCAAAUUAUCGACUGCACCCGGCUCUGCACCCCAGCAUAUGUUUAUCACCCUGCCUCCCGGGCACUCAGGCGGUCCGGCUUGUACUUUCAGCCGCCCCAGGAGUGA